GCAGCAGCAGCGCACAAAAGCAAAGAGAUAUAGACAAAGCCCUUUGUUUCUCUCUUUCACCACCCCCUCUAUCUCAAGCUAGCUAUAUAUGAUCCCCCCAUGCCCCCAAAGCCUUUCCACACACAAACACAACCAUAUACGCACCUUAAGCUUUCCACCCCAUAAAGCCUCCCUUGGCACCUCUAUCCCACUAAGGAGCAAAAAGAGAACCAAGAGAGGCCGGGAAAUUAAAGGAGCCAAGCAAGGCUGCCUGCUGGUAGUAGCUAGUGUGAGUAGUGAGACCUUAACUUAAUUGCUUGGCCAGGGCAUUCACUCAUCUCAUCAGCUAGCUAGCCCCUUAAAAGAAGCAAACACUCUAACGCUCAUGGCACUACUGGUGAAGAGCCACCACCAAAUGUUGGUCUCCUCCUCCACCUCCUCGUCGUCCCCUUCGGCGUCCCAGCAGCAGCGGCAGCCGCCGCCGGCGCAUCCGCCGCCACCUCCUCCCUCCUCCUCCUGCCUCACCGACCAGCAGCCGUCCCCCGCCAAGCGCAAGAGGCGCCCUCCCGGCACGCCGGACCCCGAUGCAGAGGUGGUGGCGCUGUCGCCGCGGACGCUGCUGGAGUCGGACCGGUACGUGUGCGAGAUCUGCGGGCAGGGGUUCCAGCGCGAGCAGAACCUGCAGAUGCACCGGCGGCGGCACAAGGUGCCGUGGCGGCUCGUGAAGCGGGCGCCGCCGCCUGCUGCUGCUGGCGGCGAGGACGGUGCAGCAGGUGGCGGUGGCGGCGCUAAUAGCAGCAGCACGGCGGGAGGCGGCGGCGCCCCCCGGAAGCGCGUGUUCGUGUGCCCGGAGCCGAGCUGCCUCCACCACGACCCCGCCCACGCGCUGGGCGACCUGGUGGGCAUCAAGAAGCACUUCCGGCGCAAGCACGGCGGGCGGCGGCAGUGGGUGUGCGCCCGCUGCGCCAAGGGAUACGCCGUGCAGUCCGACUACAAGGCACACCUCAAGACCUGCGGCACCCGCGGCCAUUCCUGCGACUGUGGCCGCGUCUUCUCAAGGGUGGAGAGCUUCAUCGAGCACCAGGACGCGUGCAACUCCAGCCGGAUGCGCGGCGAGGCGGCGGCGGUGGUGGCCGUGCCGCCGUCGGCGCUCCCAGUCAUCCGUCCGGCCGUCCCGCGGCAUCCGGCCACGGUAGCACCGCCGCCACCGGAGCUCCAGCUCCUCCCCGCCUCCUCCGCGGCGGCAUCGUCAUCAGCGCCACCGCUGACUAGCACCUCCCUGUCCACCACCACAACCGCGUCCCAGAAACAAGAAGAACGACCACACGCGGCGGCGACGACGACGAAGCUGCAGCUCUCCAUCGGCCCCAUCGUCACGGCGACGGGCGCCGACGCUGCUGCCGUCGUCGGCGAGGAUGAGGAGGACUCCGAGGCGGAGGAGCUGCGGCGCGCGAUGGAGGAGAAGGCCGCGGCGGACGCGGCGCGGGAGCGGGCGCGAGGGGAGGCCGCGGCGGCGGAGCGCGCGCUCGACGAGGCCCGCCGCGCCAGGCAGCGCGCCCGGGCCGACCUCGAGAAGGCGUUCGCGCUGCGGGACCACGCCGCGCUCCUGCUCGCGCAGGUCACCUGCCACGCGUGCCGCCAGCGCUCGCUCGCUGUGGCGGCCGUCGUCAGGGGCGGCGGCGGCGGCGGCGAGGGACACGCCGGCCCCGCGAUGGCCUGCGACUCUAUCAGAGGAGGCGGGGGCUUUGGAGCAGCAGGCAUCUAGCUCCACCACUCGUGCAUGCCAUGCACAGCGCGGCUGGAGAUUGUGUAUGUAGAGCUAGCUAAGCUAAUUCGUAUGUAGGCCGGCCGGCCGGCCUUGUGUCGAUCGUGUCUUGUAGCCAUUACUGCAUGCAUGCAAUGCAACCACGCACCCGCUUGGUUUUUAGGGUGCUACAACUUGCAACUUUGGCCUCGUAAAGGUAUGAAUGAGAUCAUGCACGUCAAAAGACUCAA